GCCGACUGCAUAUGUAGCCGAGAGAAAGAAAGAGGAUAUUGAAAAAAGGGGAAGGGAGGAGCAGACAGGAGAUAAUGAGAGAGGAAAAAGGAGAAAACAGAAAGCGUCGGCCAUAAGAAGAGGGCGAGAGAGAGAAUGAGAAACGUGCGUGCCGUGCUGGGGGGAGGUGUGUUGUGUUUGUGUGCGCGUGUGUGUGUGUGAAUGCAUGCAUGUGUACUUCGGCGCUCGCUCUGUCUGUGCGCCGCGCGGACUGAAAGAAAUCAAAUAAAAGGAAUACAACCCAAGCAGACCAGGAUUGCUUUUUAAGCUGCUGUGGCCGGGCUAACAAGUCUCAUGCUCCUCCUCUCUGUCUCCUCUUCUGCGCUCUGCUCUCCGACCGGCUGUCUCAUCAGGACGUUCAGGACCAUACUGUUCGUGAAGUCGCUUCAGUGGAUGGCCCCAGAAGUGGUGGCCAGAUGGAAAUUGGGUCACAUGACCGCCUCCAGGAAGGCGCGCUGAGCCUGGAACUGGCCAAUGGGCUGAAUCCCUACCCUAACAAUGAAGACACCUCUAUGGAAACAGAACAACACAGGGCUGGAAGCGUGCCCCCAAGACAGUGGGUGUCAGGACAUGGCAAGGUCAGUGACACCCCACAACAACAGCAACCAUGUUGGAGCGGCAGCAGUAGUACAACCACUGGUGAGCCUGGCCACCACGCAAACAUGGAGGACGCCCACAAUCUGGUGGCUUUCUCUGCUAUUGCUGGCUCCUUGCCUCCUUCUUCCUCCUCUUCCUGCCUCGUGAAGCCCAACACGGCCCAGCUUUAUGAGAAGUUCACCAAGGAGAUGGGUGCUGAAGGAGCUCAGGCCAGAGUCCCAUCAGGGGCUCCGAGGAGUAGCUGCCAACCUCCAGAAGACUUGAACACCCUACAAACAGCACUGAGCCAAGCCAAACAUGGACACAAGCCCCCUAACUGCAACUGUGAUGGGCCUGACUGUCCAGACUAUCUCGAGUGGCUGGAGAAGAAGAUCAAGUUGGCGACCAACGAGGAUCAAGGCGCCUGCAAGACUGUUGACGCACCUCCGCAUUUACAGCCCCAUCCACUUAAACCCCAUUUGCAACAUCGCCCUCAGCCCUACCCCCAAGUGAAUGGUGGCCAUCAUUUUUCUACAUCAUUCUCCCAGCAUCAAGGCCCUCAUACAAACCAAGUGCCCGGCUCCAGACCCCCAAUUCCCUGUUCUCCCCAGGUGCUCUCUAUAGCCAAGGAAAAGAACGUCAGUCUGCAGACCGCCAUCGCCAUAGAAGCCCUGACUCAGUUAUCUGCUACUGGUCCACAAGCUGCCAGUUCUCCAAGUCAAUCCCCGUACAACAGUAACCUCCAUCACCACCAACACACUCACAGCCUCCACUCUCAGCCCCCCAAUGGCACUAGCUUGAUCUCAUCCUCCCCCGGCCCUCAUUCAUCUUCUUCCCGGUCUCAAUCCGUCCCUCCAGGACUACACACUAGCCUGCCGGCCUCAAUGUCCUAUGAGCAUCACAGGCCCCAAUCCCAGGGCCAGCCGCCUCAUGUUACCCCUCUCUCAUCUUCUACCUCUCCCUUCCCAAGUCAGGGAAAACAUCCAGUCUUCAACCCUAAUCCCCAGCAGUGGCAGCAGGGCUCAGGCAGAGGGUCUGAACAGAAGAACCAAUGGAUGUGUGUGAAGUCUGAGCCUCAUUCCAACUUUGCAGCUUCACCUCAGAGUAACUCAGACCCCAUGUCCGAGCUCAAACAGCUGCUCGGUGACACCAGUGGCAAAUUCAGCAAUGCUUUCAAGGUUCCAGUCACGCAGCAGCUCAGAUUGAGCCAGAAUGGUGGAAUCCAGUCCCAGGACAACCCAGCAUUGGCCAAGAUAAAACAAGAGCCAGACUCUGGUGAGCACUAUAAUCACACUGCCUCCAUGGGACAUUACGGCAUGGCUAAUUGUCAGCAGCAGAGUCAGCACUAUCCUGGCACUCCCCUGUCUCCUGGCCAGGCAGCCAUCAGCCACUCCACUCAGGCAGCUCUGCAACAGCAUCUUCACUACAAGAGAAACCUCUUCUCUAACCACUCCCCUGGCUUAGGAUCGCCGGGCCCUCGUGCACCUAUGGCGUGCCAAAACUUGAAGAAGUGGUGGCCACAGAUGGAGGCAGAAGGUUUGCCACAUCUGGCCAUCAAACAGGAACCUAAGGAGCCCAAGAAGAAAAAAAGCAGCCAAGCGUCCCCUGUCAUAAAAGCUAUGAGUGGCAUGGUUUCAUUCCCUCCCAUGCCCAAACCCAAACAGAUAAUCAUUAAAAAGACCAAGCAGAAAGCCUCGUUGCCAACCUUCCUGCCUCAGACUCAGAUUUCAGUACAAAAAACGCCCGUCUACAUGAUGGACAGAGCCCCAGCCCUGACCAGCCUGCCACCAGGUUGUCCCCCCUCUCUGCCCCUCUACAGUAACUCCACUCAGGCUGCUGCUGCAGGCCUCCCUGCCCCAGCCCAAACUCAGGUAUCUCUCUCCAACUCCUCAAUGACUCCCUCUUCCUUCGUCUCCUCCUUGUCAGAAAACACUCCGGCCCUCAUGGGCCGUCUGCCCCCACCUGGGGCCCCUGUAUCCCAUGCAGAGUCAGAGGAAACAGGCAACCAGGCCUCAAGUAACACCAGCACCACCACACCUCUGACCUCCACAUCUCCAUCUAGCACGUCACAAUUACAGAGUCUCACCAACAUAGACCCGAAGUAUGAAGAACUGAUCCGCCAGUUUGAGGCUGAAUUUGGGGACUCGGCCCCGGAUGCACUUGCCAGUCAGCCCAUGGAGGGGACUGCUACAGCCCCUCAGCGGGGGAGCCAGUCCCAGGCCAUUCCUCAAAACCUCAGUACUACAUCAAUACCCAAAUCCCAGUCAGAUUCUUUAUUUCCUACCACUCAAGCCAGCUCCACAAAUCAUCAAAAUGAUCAUGAGAUGAAAGCUAUUAAGGAUGAGACAGCGACUCCAAUGGAAGAAACCUUAAACCAGGCAUCCACUGAAAGCACAUAUGAGAAACGGCACGAGGGUACCCAACAAGUCCCUCUGGCUCAGGGUAACAUUCUGGAGAAGCAGCAGCAGCAGCAGCCGAGUGUGUUAGAGGAUAUGUUCAGCAUGCCAGGAUCUCCGUUGUCUAAACGCAUGAAGAUUGAAGCCUCUGGGGAUAUAGCAGUACUCUCCACCACAUGCUAUUCUGAAGAGGACACGCCGACUAAGGACAGUCUGCCUUCCUCUCCGUCUCUCAAAGGCUUCCUGGAGUCUCCUCUACGCUAUCUAGACAGCCCCACCAAGACGUUACUGGAUACACCGUCCAAGGACCUGCAGGCAGAGUUCCCAACCUGCACCUGUGUGGAACAAAUCCUGGAGAAGGAUGAAGGGCCUUACUACAACCACCUGGGAUCUGGACCUACAGUGGCCUCCAUACGAGACCUGAUGGAGACAAGGUACGGAGAGAAAGGGGACGCCAUCCGGAUUGAGAAGGUGGUGUACACAGGCAGAGAGGGGAAGAGCUCCCGAGGAUGUCCUAUCGCUAAGUGGGUGAUCCGUCGUAGCGGCGAGAAAGAGAAGCUGCUGUGUCUGGUGCGGCAUCGCGCCGGCCACCACUGUGCCAACGCUGUCAUCAUCAUCCUCAUCAUGGCCUGGGAGGGCGUUCCCAAGCCCCUGGCCGACAAGCUGUACCGGGAGCUCAGCGACACCCUCACCAAAUUUGGCAACCCCACCAGCCGACGCUGCGGCCUCAAUGAUGAUCGAACCUGUGCAUGCCAAGGCAAGGACCCUGACUCCUGUGGUGCUUCCUUCUCCUUCGGCUGCUCCUGGAGUAUGUACUUCAACGGCUGCAAGUACGCCCGGAGUAAACUGCCGCGCAAGUUCAGGCUACAAGGAGAUCGCCCUGAAGAGGUACACAUCACAUCGAUAUCUAACCAUUGUUAUACCAUUGUUAACCACAUGUUAUUUAAGCUUCCAUUUCAAUGCUCUUUUCUUCUUCAUCAGGAGGACAAACUCAGGGAUAACUUCCAGCAUCUGGCAACUGAGGUGGCUCCUUUGUACAAGCAACUGGCCCCGCAGGCUUACAGUAACCAGUGCCAGUCAGAGGAGAAAGCUCCAGACUGCAGACUCGGCUUGAAGGAAGGACGGCCGUUCUCUGGAGUCACUGCUUGCAUGGAUUUCUGUGCCCAUGCUCAUAAGGAUCAACACAAUCUCUACAACGGCUGCACAGUGGUGUGCACUUUAACUAAGGAAGACAACCGAGCGGUGAAAGGGAUCCCUGAGGACGAGCAGCUCCAUGUGUUGCCUCUGUACAAGAUGUCUGUGACGGACGAGUUCGGCAGCGAGGAGGCCCAGCGCCUCAAGAUGCAGACAGGAGCCAUUCAGGUGCUGCAGGCUUUCCGCCGUGAGGUGCGCAAGCUGCCCGAACCUGCCAAGUCCUGCAGACAACGCCGCCUGGAGGCCAAGAAGGCGACCUCGGAGAAGAAGAAAAACAAACUCCUGCAGCAGGCGGGUGAGACUCCAGAGAAAACUGUGGUCAAGGCUGAGGUCUGCAUCACGGCUUCCCCUCAACCCCAAGGCAAUAAAGCAAUUAUCAAACAGGAAGUGAAGCCCAACAUCAAGAAAGAGCCCUUCAACGGAUCAAUGGAUGGAUACCCUGUGCAGGCAGCAGACCCUUUCAACAACAUCUAUCCACACGCUGCCUACUAUGCAAGGGGAGGCCACCCCCCGACCGGCCAGCCCUCUGCACCAGACCCGGUUAACGGUUACCAUCACAAUCUGCACUAUGGCUACUACAACUACCCCCCCAACGCACUUUUCCGCCCUAAGCUAAGGACCUACGAGGGUCGAAAUGGCUCUCUGCUUAAAGCCGGCAUCAAGGCCGAGCAGGUGGACGUGAAGCCUGAUUUUCAGAGCCUUCAGGCUAGACUCGCCCAGUCCUACCCGAGCCACCCAGAGCAAGCCAACCAGCUUAACCACAGCGCUUACACCCAGCCCGCAGACUACAACCAGUCCCGUCCUUCCUCCGUCUCUUCUGAACCCUCCAACAGGGGCACUCCAGUGAUCAAGCAGGAACCUAUGGACAUGCCGGUGUAUGAAGGCAGCCAGGCCGGUGCCAACACACCCAGCACUACCCCCCAGCCCUCGGCCUGGCCAGGACACAAGCUCAAUGGGAGUAUCGUUCCCAACAACUGGGAAGGCCAUUUGAACCCCAAACCAAGCCCUGAUAGCUCAUUGUUGAAUCCGGAUAAGCAGCAGUUUCACCAGCAUCCCCAACAGAGGCAGCCCUCCCCUUACCCCCAGCAAUGGACAUCGUACCAUGGCUCAAACGCCAUGAUGACCUCACCCAUCCCAUCGCCCUCACUACAGGUACCUUCCUCUCCGUCUCCGUCCCCUCAUCUCCAAGGAUCCACACGCUCAAUCACCCCACGCCCAAGCACCCCUGGUUGCUCUCACUCAGGCUCAGUCACACCACAGCCAGGCACCCCAGGCCCAGGCACCCCAAGGCACUGGGCCAGUCCCGCUCCCAGUCCCCAGCCGAACGCUUGGGGCAUGGGGCCCAUGGCGUACAGCCCCGGUUUGAAGCACAGCCAUCCCGCAGGAGCCUACCCGGACAAGAUCUGGUCCAAGACGGGGGAAAGUCGUUGUUCGACUCCUCUUGGGCUCCAAGAGAAGGCGUGGAAAUCUUGCGGGGGUUCAGUGGCAGGCAGUACCCCAUCCCCCGCCCCCGAGGGUCGCCUCUUCCCCGACGCCCUGCAGCAGUCGGAUCAGGCCUGCUGGAACCCCGGCAGAGCGGAGAGUAACGCUGAGAACCACAAGGGCCGCGAGUUGGACGACGACGAGGUGUGGUCCGACAGCGAGCACAACUUCCUGGAUCCUAACAUCGGUGGUGUGGCAGUUGCCCCGGCCCACGGCUCCAUCCUGAUCGAAUGUGCGCGUCGGGAACUACACGCCACCACUCCGCUCAAAAAGCCGGACCGCUCCCACCCGACCCGCAUCUCCCUGGUCUUCUACCAGCACAAGAACCUCAACCAGCCCGUGCACGGCCUGGCUAUUUGGGAGGCCAAGAUGAAGCUGCUGGCGGAGCGAGCUCUGCAGAGGCAGCAGGAAGCGGCGCUCCUCGGGCUCUCCCAGGAGGACAUCAAGGCCCUCGGCAAGAAGCGCAAGUGGGGGGCUACGCCGGCAGGUGCAAGUCCAGGACCCGGACAAUCUAAAGACAAGAGGGAGGGGCCAGUGACGCGAUUAGCCCCCACUUUCCAUACCAACUCUACGGUUACUGUGUCUCCCUAUGCCUUCACCCGCCUCACCGGGCCCUACAGCCACUUUGUCUGAGGUCACACAAACACAGACUGACAGCUACAGGGUGGUGCAGUGGAGGCCCCCGGAGAGAGCGCGGUGAGCAGAGUGAAUGUCUCUCAGCCAUCCCGCAGUCUGCCGUCUCUCCAUCCUGCCCCCCUCCGUAGUCCACUUGGAGGGACGUUUUUAUUGUUUUUACCUCAUGUCAGGCAGUGGUUUGGGCUUCAAACACACUGCCUGUGGUGCUCUUCCUCUUCUCUUCCCUGGAGAGGAACUCCAUUGCUUUUUUUUCUUGUUUAUAGAAUUUUAAUGAUUCUUAAUUAUUGCUAUUAUCAAUAUUAUUAUGAUUGCUAUUGUUACUGUCAAUGUUGUUAUUACAGGUAUUAUAAUGAAGACUUGUUUGUUUUUAUUAUUGCUGUUUUCAUUAAUGUUAUUAUUAAUGACGUGAUUGUUUUUUUUGGUUAUAUAUUUUUUUAAAUCAAUCAGUCUGCGUCUGUCAGACUCAGACAUUUUGCUUUUUUUCCAUGUUUGGAAAACGUGUACCCUGUUUUCUGUUUUGAUUUGAAUUGUUCUUGUCAAUCUUCCAGCUGUACUGCGAGGAGGAGCAAACGUCUGUCAGGCCAAACAGCUAAAUCAAUAUUUCAGUAAUCAUACUGAACGUAUAAAAAAAGAGCCUUUUUAUUACGCUUAGAUAUCUAUCUCUAUAUGAACAAUAUGAAGAUAUGUAUCUUUAAUUUUUUAAAGAUUUAAGGCCUUCACGAAGGACUAGAACUAUUAUUUUUUCACCUGGGUACAAAACUAAACCUUCUCCAGUGAUCAUUGGUUAGACCACUGGUUCUUUAACCUUCUCUGCCGACCCCCCUCACCCCUCAACAUGCACCUAUAUACACUAAAACCCAGCAUCAGACCCCCUUUGCAAAACAAACUCCCUCAUCUUGGUGGCUAUGUGCACGGUGCAGGUCUUCCAUAUGAUGAUGGUCUGACUCUUUAUCCAAAGCUUGAUCCAAAGGUAACUGGACUCGGUUGAAGAUCAAGUCUAGGUGCCUUUGGGUCAAGUCCCUGCUGCACCCCUGCAACAUAAACCCCCAGUUUGGGAACUCCUGGACUUCACCAGAAGCUCUGCUGUCUAACACACCAAAGACAGACUCACUGUACUGAAACACCCUUUUUUAAAAAUCAUUCUCUUUUGUCUCGAACUCACAAAAACUGUAAUUUCAGAUUUUUUUCCAAUCGCCGAUAUUGAGUAUAAGAUACAGGUUUACUGUUCCCUUUUUAAAUGGUAGGAGGAAACACAAGAGCAGACAUUUGAUUCUACUUUCCUGUAUUUCUGUGAGUGAAGGCCGAAACUGAACUUUUUAGUCAUAAACAAAUCAUCAAGCUCCAUCAGAUAUGAAUAUGAUGCCCGGUGAGAAACUAAUUGUUAUUGUCCUUUACUUGAUACUGGGAGAAACUAAUGCUGCUGUUCUGGUCGUAAGAUGAUGCUCCUUCUCUGAUUCUGUGCACCCCCUCUCCUCCUCCCCCCCACCCACACACACACAGCUUUCGACUGGUGCUCAACUUCCAGCCCUGAAUGAUUCUCAUUCUGCUUCUCUUCAUGGCACUUGAUGCUGAACUUCGGUGCUUUAACUCUUUAAAUCUGACUCAACUAGCAUUUGCGUAUAUGUCUUUGUUUUGACCGGGAGUGAGUACCAGAUGGUGAUGAUUGGAGCUGGACAUUUCUCAUGCAAAGAAGAGUAUAAUAAAUUGCCAUAUAGAUACUCGUCUUUGCCAUGUAUUCUCUAUUUCUUAAAGUGCACACAUCUGGUACUUAUCAGAGGUUCAAACAAAUGAUACUGUCUGCAAAUGUCAUUUGACCUAGAUCUGCAAAUACCACACAGAAAUGAAAAAACAUGGCAACUUAACCUUCCUUUAACGUUCAAGUAGAGGUGAGCAUUUUCCAAAUGUGAACUCUAGAGGGCAGCAGAGACUUGGAUUCCACUCUGAAGCCAGUAGAGCCUCGCCUUGCUGUUUUAACCAUCCACGGCCAGCAGAGGGGGGUAUCAGACCCUGUUUGCUGACCAGUGAUGUGCAAGGCCGUGGUUUAUCCUCGUCUGUGUGAGCGUAGUCUGGAGAUGCUUUUGGGAAGCCUUGGUUAAAAAGGCAAAGGAAACAGUGUUAGGACAGCGGUGCUUUUGGUGCUCCUACACAAACUCUGGUGCUGUCCUUUUUACACUUGAUAACCAGUGAAGGGCCCGCCUCUUCCUCUGCAUGGUGCUGUCAUCUUCAAGCAGAGCGGGGCUGGGGCGCCUUGACCCCAGAGAGCCAGCCAGCCUGUAAGCGGCUGCCCUGUGGGUACAAAGCUAAGUCCUUGGACUUGAGAACUGGUUAGGUGUUUAUGCAUUUUUAUUUUUAUUUUUUUAAAUGACAAAUGCAUUCAGCCUCAAAGACACACUGUCGAGGUAAUGAAAGCACAGUCACUGAAACCAUUUCAACCCAUUCAGAAAAAAACUAAAAGUACUGAGAGUUGAGGGCAAACUUUGGGAAAUGACGGAUUCUGGGAGUUAGCGCCAAAUUCAGAUGGAUCUCUCACUUUGUGUGUAUGUGUGUGAAAGUGUGUGUGUGUGUGUGUGUAUGUGUGUGAAAGUGUGUGUGUGUGUGUGUGUGUGUGUGUGUGUGUGUGUGUGUGUGUGUGAGAAAGAGAAGAGCCAAAGAGAGAGACUAUUUGAUAGCCUGGUUAAAUCUUCAUUUUCACCCCAUCAACUAGACGACUAUUUGACUCAAAUGGUUUCAUGGUUUGAAGCGUUGAAAAUGAAAAGUGAGUAACUCCCAGAUCUGGACGCAGGCUCCCUCCUUUGAUACCGGGUGGUUGUUAGGGUUUGGGGUCAUGACCCCUGGUCGUCUGUGAAAGACCCUGCUACCUCUCCCCCGGGGGGGGGUCUCCAGCUCUCUACCUCACGCUGUAGAGACACUGGUCACAAUCACAACUUGCUACUGAGGGCGGAGAAUCAACACAUAUUAUGUCCCUUUGUGUGCUCAAGAUCACCACACUCAUUUGAACCUGUUCUCUUUUUGUUUUUUUUGUUUUUUUACUCUUAUUUAUUACUACAUGGUGAUGAUGAUGAUGAUGAUGAUGAUGAUUGUCUUUGAUGUUUGGUUUUUUUUCAUCUUUUUUAUAUAGCUAAUACAAAUUGUACAUAGAGAAGAAAAGAUUUAUAAAAGCACUUUUAAUCUUGAUUUUAAUGACAAAAAGAAAGAGCCGAUUAUUGACAACUUGAAGCUUAAGGGUUUUUUAUUUUGUUUGUUUGUUUUUUUAUUUUCUCACGAGAGAGAUAAGAAAUGUAAAUAUUAAAAUAUUUAGGUAAGAUUA